AUGAACGUAAGGACAUUAGUGAGUGUGAUCGUUAUUUGGGUUUCGGGAUGUUAUUCAGCUGAAUUUGAGAGCGGUAUAGACGUGAUAAAUUUGUCAACGUGUGGUGCGAAAGGUCCAACGGGACCCACACAGAAGCAUUGUGAUAUGAGUUACCAUGAGAAAAUCCGUGUAAUGGAAUCAGGAAGAUAUGCUGGGGUUCAAGUUUGGACUGUUCCUGAAACAAAUGUCUACAGUAUUCUCGCCCUUGGAGCACAAGGUGGAAAAGGUGCUAGAAAUAUGGACGAGCCCCAAAGAGGAGAUUAUGUCCACGCUAAGAUUAAAUUAAUGAAAGGUGAUUUGUUACAUGUUUUGGUUGGACAACAAGGUGGAAGUGCAUGCGAUAGGAUUUCUGAGAGGGAUGAUAUUUUGCUUCAAGAAAUAUGUCUAAGAAAACCAUCUAAUUCCUCUAUUCCAAUAACCAACAUAUCUGUAACUGGUGGUGGUGGAGGAGGAGGUGGUGCUACAGUUGUUUUUAAGAUUGAUAAAGUAACCCAUUUACCAAUUAUUUUAAUGGUAGCAGGCGGUGGAGGUGGUCUCCCUUUCUUAAGGCCAGCAACUAAAAACUUCAACAACACUGGCUUAAAGAGAAUUGCUGGUAAACCUUAUCCAGUCAACGAUUUUAUUUCCUUCUUUUUAUAUAUGCGUCAUAAGUUACAUGAUAGCCCUGUGACUCUCGCUGAGUUACCAAGUUGA